CCAUCAGAUUCCACAAGACACCAGACACCAGCAGGUGUCUCAGCACAACAUGAUCUUUAUCAUCUUCAUUGUUUUUUUUCCAGGAGCUCAACUCCAAGACCUUGAGGACCUCCAGGACCAGUGCCCCGGUGGCUUGUGUAACCGCCAGCUUGGUGACCUGAUGGUGGGACGAGCAGAUCAACUGUCAGCCUCGUCCACCUGCGGUCUGGAUGGACCACAGAACUACUGCAUCAUCGGAUACCUGGAGGAGGAGCAGAAAUGUUUCACAUGUGACUCACGGCUGCCGUACAAUCGCUAUCACAACCCCAACAGCCACCGCAUCGAGAACGUCAUCACGACCUUCGACUCCGAGAGAAAAAUGAAGUGGUGGCAGUCUGAGAACGGAGUUCAUCAGGUCAGCCUCAGGCUGGAUCUGGAAACCGUGUUCCAGUUCAGUCACCUGGUCCUCACCUUCAAGAGUUUCCGUCCAACGGCCAUGUUGGUGGAGCGUUCAAAGGAUUUCGGACGAAGUUGGAAAGUUUUCCGUUACUUUGCAGAAGAUUGUUCGCUUCAUUUCCCUUCAGUGUCCAAUCAACCGGCCAACAGCAUCGACGACGUGGUCUGUGACAGCAGAUACUCCGGAUCAGAGCCAUCCACUGACGGAGAGGUGGUGCUGAAAGCUCUGGAUCCCAUCUUUGAAAUAGAAAACCCGUACACACCGAACAUCCAAGAUCUGAUCACCUUGACAAAUAUCCGUGUUAACUUCACUCGUCUCUUCACGUUGGGUGACACUUUGCUGGGUCGAAGACGCAGGAACCCUCAGGACAAAUAUUACUAUGCUCUUUACAACAUGGUGGUCCGAGGCAGCUGCUUCUGUAACGGCCACGCAAGCCAGUGUACACCUGUGGACCGAGGACGGGGGGAUGUCUUCACCCAGACUGGCAUGGUUCAUGGCCGAUGUGUUUGUCAGCACAACACGGCCGGAGAGAACUGUGAGAGAUGUCAGGACUUUCACCACGACACCCCCUGGAGGCCUGGAGGAGAAAACACAGCCGACAUCUGCAGGAGAUGUAACUGUCACGGUCACUCGGACUCGUGUCACUUCGACGCCGCUCAUUUCGCAGUGACGGGCGGCAUGAGCGGUGGUGUCUGUGACGACUGCCGCCAUGACAGGACGGGGCCUCAGUGUGAACGAUGUCGACCUUUUCUGUAUCAGGAUCCACAGAGAGCUACAGAAGACCCGCACGCCUGCAUACCAUGUGACUGCGACCCGGUUGGUUCUCAGGGUGGCGGUCUGUGUGACGCUCAGAGCGGUCGAUGUGUCUGUAAAGAUAACGUGGAGGGUCAACGCUGCGAUCGCUGCAAACAUGGCUUCUUCAACCUGAGACAGGACAACCCGGCCGGCUGUCAGGUGUGCAGGUGUCAUGUUUUGGGAAGUGUCAGGUCAUGUGAUCAGCUGACAGGAAGUUGUGAAUGUGACCAUUUAGCGAUUGGACCACUGUGUGAUCGAUGUCUGGCAGGUUUCUGGGGUUUGGGAAACUCUGUGUUCAGAUGUUCACCCUGUGACUGUGAUAUCGGAGGAGCUCACAGCACCACGUGUUCUCCACAGGACGGACAGUGUCACUGUUUACCCAGCAUGGUGGGUCGACGCUGCUCUGACCCCGCCCCUGGGUACUUCCUGGCUCCACUGGACUACUUCUUGUACGAGGCAGAGCUCGCCGCUCCUCUUCAUGGAGGAAGCUCUUCUUCUCCUUCUUCUACUUCUCCUUCAUCUUCUUCUUCUUCUGUGUUGAACCCGGCUGUUUUACCAAAGUGUGAGCAGUAUUUCAGAGAGCAGGGUUACGACUUUAAGUUCACUAACGGACGAGUUGUUCUGGUUCAGAGGACUCGGCGACUCACCCGCCGGAGGAGACAGGGACAGAGCAGCAUCCCUCUGGACCCGGGUCACGCCUUGCAGAUUGUUCCCCGUCAGAGGUCAGUUGAUCAACCAAUCACCUGGACUGGCCUGGGAUUGGUCAGAGUGUUGGAGGGGGCGGGGCUUAGGUUCACUGUGGACAACCUCCCAUCAUCAUUGGAUUACCAGCUGGUGAUUCGCUAUGAGCCGGAGGCUCUGUCUGAUUGGCUGGCUUCAGUCAACAUCAUCACAGUGUCGCUGGGCAACGGCAGCUGCAGCAGCGAGCCGACAAGAAGUAAAUCUCUGAUUCUUCCAGGAAAGUCCAGAGGGGUUAUUCUGGACUCUCCGCUGUGUCUGAACGCAGGCGGUAGGUACUUCGUGGACGUCAUCUUCAGCAAACAGCCCGGAUCUGACGGCUCCUUCAGCUCACACAUCCUGAUCGACUCGAUGGGUCUGAUUCCCAGAAUCGAGUCUGUCCAAGAUUUCUGCUCCCAGAGUGACCUCGACUCUUUUCGCCGCUUUCGCUGCAUUGGAUUGGCUGCCGAGCUCGGCCCGCAGGAGUCACUACCACAAGUCUGUGAGGGACUCAUUAAGAGCAUGUCGGCACGAAUCCACAACGGAGCCGUUCUUUGCAGGUGUAACGUGGUCGGCUCUCUCGGACCAUCCUGCAGUAAACUGGGAGGGUUCUGUGAAUGCAAACCCAAUGUGAUUGGCCGUUGCUGUGAUACCUGUGCACCACUGACAUUCGGCUUCGGACCUGACGGCUGCAAACCAUGUGAGUGCGACCGUCGUGGCUCGAUGUCGGAGUUGUGCGAUCAGGUCAGAGGUCAGUGUGCGUGUCGUUCAGAAGUAACGGGCCGACGCUGUGAUCGCUGCCGGACGGGAUUCUGGGGUUUCCCGUUCUGUCGACAAUGUAAAUGUAACGGACUGUCAGAGGUGUGUGCUGAAGAGACCGGAGAGUGUCUGAACUGCAGGGAGCAUGCCACUGGACCGAACUGUGACAGGUGUGUAGAGGGUUACUAUGGUAACCCCAUCUCCAGACAGCCCUGUCAGCCCUGCCUGUGUCCAGACGUUCAGAGCAGUGGACGAUUCUUUGCCACUUCCUGCCAACAUGACCCACAAUCCUUCAGUCUAACCUGUAACUGCAGGGAGGGGCACACAGGUCCACGCUGCAACAGAUGCAGCCCUGGUUUCUAUGGUGACCUGGCAUUGCAAGGUGCCAGCUGUGAGGAGUGUCCCUGCAACAACAACAUCGACCCAGACGACCGCGACGCCUGCAACAGCCUGACGGGAGAAUGUCUGCACUGCCUCCACAACACGAUGGGACCACGCUGCCAAGAUUGCAAACCUGGUUACUAUGGCAACGCCCUAGACCAGGACUGCAAAGAGUGCUCCUGUGACCGGCGGGGGACAGAGGUGACUCAGUGUCCUCUGGGGAGCUCCUGUUUCUGUGAUUCGAGGACAGGACAGUGUCCCUGCAGGACGGGGGUGGUGGGCGUCCUCUGUGACGAGUGUGAGGAUGGAUACUGGAAUCUGGAUGGAGCGUCGGGAUGUCAACCCUGCGGCUGUGAUCCUGUUAACUCUUUCUCCAACAUCUGCAACAAGGUGACGGGACAGUGUCCGUGUCGUCUUGAAUUUGGAGGAAGACAGUGUGACGAAUGUGGAGAAAAUCAUUUUGGGAAUCCAGACCUGCAGUGUAUCUCUUGUGACUGUAACAUGGAGGGAACCGAGCGCCCAUCAUGUAACUCUGAAACCGGUGAGUGUAUCUGUCGGAUCGGCAUCACCGGUAUCUUUUGUGAUGAGUGUGCCCCCGGCUAUGACUCGGCGUUCCCAGCCUGCGAAGAGUGCCACCCCUGCACCACCCUCUGGGCCGAAAAUGUCACCGAUGUCCAGCAAGCCGCUCAAAGGAUGAGAACCUUCAUCCCUCGCCACAGGAACGACCUGCGGCCCACAGAAAGUCGCCACCGGCAACGGAUGCUGGAAAUGCGCUCCAAGCUGGACGGCCUCUCCAACCUGACAGGACUCUCCCCGCCAAAAGUGGAGAAGGUGGAGAAACUGUAUGCAAUGACUGGGAAGCUCAAAGAUGCCAUCAACCCGAACAUGAUUCUGAUCGACCCGUCUCCUCUACUCAACACUGAAAUCGGCAACAUUCAUCUAGAGUUCAGGAAGCUGGUGAACAACCUGAAGGAGAAACUCACCGAGGAUCCAGGCGAUGAAGAUGAAUACCAGGAAGAGCUGCUGGAUGAUAUCCAGAAGCUUCAUAAAGCCUUUAUGUUGGACGAGAAGAGGGUGAGAAACGCCAACAAAGCUCUGGAGGACUCCAUGGACACCAGACAGGAAGUCAAAAAUAAACUGGGCAUGUGCAGCAGCAGAGGAGACCUGGCGCCGCUGGAGAAGAAGGUCAAAGAGCACAGCGCAGUCGACCUCAACCGAAAGAUCUGUGGAGGACCAGGUCUGGAGGACUGUUCUGGAUGUGGUGGAGCUUUGUGUGGUCUGGAUCUGGGAAAAAGGAAAUGUGGAGGUCCAAACUGUAACGGAGUCAUUCCUGUGAGUCAGAAAGCUUCAGAGACAGCAGAGAGAGUGAAGGACCAACUCAUCACAGUCCCAUCCAGACUUCAGGAGUCCAAGAACAAGAUCAAUGAUGCCAAACAGACGGCUCAGGACACCAAAGACCAGGCCAAAGACCUGCAGGACCAGAUCAAUGACAACAUGGACGCCUUUGAGAGAGAGAAGAAUAAAACCAAGGAUCUCAUCCUGCGAGUCAAAGACUACCUGAGGGAUGAGAUGGUUCCGCCAGAGGACAUAGAGAAAAUGUCCCAAGCUGUUCUGGACAUCCAACUGCCACGAUCACCUAAUCAGAUCCGUUCAAUGGUCACUGACGUCAAUAAUCUACUGUCCAACAGCACCAAUUUCCAGGACGACCUGAAGAACCUGAAGGAGCACGCCAAGACCACCCAGGACCUGCUGCAGAAAGCUCAGGAACUCAAGGAGAGGAAAAAGAAGAUUGAUGUGACAGAGAUCAACAGAGACAUUUAUGAAGCAGAGAAAGCUCAGGACAAAGCGAACGACGACCUGGAAACAGCCAGCAGAGACAGAGACAUGACCAGAGACCAAGUCCAAGACAUUAAAGACAAACUGAACGACAUCGAGACAAAGCUGAUGAACCGUCGACCUGAAGAUCUGAAGGACGAGAUCGAAGCUCUGAAGAAGAAAACUGAACAGAACAGAGAGACAGCCAGAGAUGCUCGAGAGGCUGCAGACUCUACUUUAAACAACACUACUGACACAGAAACACUGGACGAUGUGAUGAAGCUGUUUGAGCUCUUAAAGGAGAAAAACUUGAAUCGAGCAGUUCAAGGUGAAGCUGGAGAACGACUUAAGAACAUCACGGAGGAGGCGGAGAAGAUGAAGAGACAGGUUAAGGACAAACUCAGACAGAUACAAGAUCUGGAGUUGAAAAUCCAGCAGCUGAUCAGGAGUAAAGAGGACAAAGCAGCUCAAGUCUACAACUUGCUGGAGAUGGUGGAUUCACUUCGACAGGAAAUCUCCAAACGAGCCGAAGGAUACAUCAGCUGUACCUCAUAAAUACUACUGAGUACUACAUACUGAAAUACUGCUACUCAUAAGUUUUUUUUUUGGGGGGGGGGGGGUUCUUUAUCUGAAUCGAGGGUCUAAAGACAGCGGGUGAUGCUGUACAGAUUGUAAAGACUCUUUUUUUCAAAUUGUGAUUUGUGAUAUUGGGCGAUAUAAAUAAAAUUGACUUGACUUGCAUAAACCAGUGGUUUAACUUUUAGACAUGUGAACCUUUAACGGAUCAAUCUGGUGUUUUUAUAUAUUUGUUUCAUUGUCAACAAAUCCCAUAAAAAGACUAAAACCAG